GGAGCAAUGAGGGGAGGAGGGGGAGGAGGUGAUGGCACUAUAAGGCCAACAAGAUCCUGUCUGAAGGUAAAGGGCCCACCCAAGACAGUCAGAUCGAGUUCAGCGUUCUCCAAACUUUAUUUUUUAGCACAUAUAUACCAGCAAUGACAGCAAAAGUCAAGCUUUUGCACUGGUCAGAUGGAAAACUUCGCGAACAAGCGGAGGAGUUCACCGUCUCUGAACAUCCGAGGUUGACCCGCAGUGACCCACUGGCCUGGAUGACUUCCGCGACCCCCGCGUACUCUCCCGCAGGUGACCACUACACACACCCGUCGGUGGAUGGAGCCAUGGACAAAUACAUGUCUGUAGUCAGCAGUCCUUUGACUGCGGAAUCUGAUCUGGGAGGAUCUAAGGCACAUGGUGGGAUCAAGCUAAACCUCACCGGACCCCAGAGACACAGACGUGUGGCCGCUAAUGCGAGAGAAAGACGGCGGAUGCACGGACUGAACCGGGCAUUUGACAAACUGAGGAGCGUCAUUCCUUCCAUGGAGAACGAGAAAAAACUGUCUAAAUAUGACACCCUUCAGAUGGCUCAGAUUUACAUCACAGAACUGUGCGAGUUGUUGGAAGGUGUCGUGCAGUCGGAGUGCAGAGGUCUGCGGGACGGAUGCGGCGCGUCUGGUACCCAUGGUAACCUCGGACAGAGGAGUUCAGCUCAGACUUUGAGGACCAGCAUCCCUUACGCAAUGGACGCACCUUCUUCUCAUUUUGUCACGUCCAAUGCGAGUGAUGGCGAAUCGUCCCAAUUCAGCGACAUCGAAGAAGGACAGACUGGAGGACACUGAUGGCUUUGGUGGACUGAUAUUGAGACACUCAGAUUAAUCAUAAUUUAUUUGUCUGUGCUUUAGUAGACACUGAAAGAACCAAAUAGACAGGCCCAGUGGAUUAUGGUUAGUUCUAGACUAUGCUUUAUUAAUUGAUUGACAAAAUCUGAAAAGGGAAGAAAAAAUAAAUCAUCCAUUCAAGCCCUUUAGUUGCACUUUAGACCUACAUUUGGAUUUUGUUCCACUUCACGUUCAAAACCUCCAUCAGUAAUGACAAAAAUGUUAUUUAUGUAUCUUUGUGAUUUUUUAUUAACUCAAAAGU